GACGCGCGGAGGGGCCGCCGCCGCCAAGCAGCCCUCCAGCGGUCCGUGUCCUGCGUUCCGCGGUCGGCGGCGGGUCGGGUGGUCGAGCUCAUGCAGCCGCGCGGCGAGCGCCCGGCCGGCAGGACGCAGAGCCCGGAGCAAGGCAGCCCGGGGCCUGGGUCCGAGGCGCCGCCGCCACCGCCGCUGCCGCAGCCACCGGCCCCUGAGGCAGAGCGCGCACGGCCCAGGCAGGCCCGGCCUGCGGCCCCCAUGGAGGGUGCAAUACAGCUGCUGAGCCGAGAGGGCCACAGUGUGGCCCACAACUCCAAGCGGCACUACCAUGAUGCCUUCGUGGCCAUGAGCCGAAUGCGGCAGCGCGGCCUCCUGUGUGACAUAGUCCUGCACGUGGCUGCCAAGGAGAUUCGCGCACACAAGGUGGUGCUGGCCUCCUGCAGCCCCUACUUCCACGCCAUGUUCACAAAUGAGAUGAGUGAGAGUCGCCAGACACAUGUGACGCUGCAUGACAUCGAUCCUCAGGCCUUGGAUCAGCUGGUGCAGUUUGCAUACACGGCUGAGAUUGUGGUGGGCGAGGGCAAUGUGCAGACUCUGCUCCCGGCUGCCAGCCUCCUGCAGCUGAAUGGUGUCCGGGAUGCCUGCUGCAAGUUCCUGCUGAGCCAGCUUGACCCCUCCAACUGUCUGGGCAUCCGAGGCUUUGCAGACACACACUCUUGCAGUGACCUGCUCAAGGCAGCACACAGGUAUGUGCUGCAGCACUUCGUGGACGUGGCCAAGACAGAGGAGUUCAUGCUGUUGCCCCUGAAGCAGGUGCUAGAAUUGGUCUCUAGCGACAGCCUGAACGUGCCUUCAGAAGAAGAUGUCUACCGUGCAGUCUUGAGUUGGGUCAAACAUGAUGUGGACACUCGAAGGCAGCAUGUCCCAAGGCUGAUGAAGUGUGUGCGGCUUCCCCUGCUGAGCCGUGACUUCCUCCUGGGCCACGUGGAUGCUGAGAGCCUGGUGAGGCAUCACCCCGAUUGCAAGGACCUGCUCAUUGAGGCCCUCAAGUUCCACCUGCUACCUGAGCAGAGGGGUGUCCUGGGCACCAGCCGCACACGGCCCCGGCGCUGUGAGGGUGCCGGCCCUGUGCUCUUUGCUGUCGGUGGCGGGAGUUUGUUUGCCAUCCAUGGAGACUGUGAAGCAUAUGACACUCGAACUGACCGCUGGCACGUGGUGGCCUCUAUGUCCACACGUCGGGCCCGGGUGGGAGUCGCUGCUGUUGGGAACCGGCUGUAUGCUGUGGGCGGCUACGAUGGGACCUCAGACCUGGCUACCGUGGAGUCAUAUGACCCUGUGACCAACACAUGGCAGCCUGAGGUGUCCAUGGGCACAAGACGAAGCUGCCUGGGUGUAGCUGCCCUGCACGGGCUUCUGUAUGCGGCUGGAGGCUAUGACGGGGCCUCCUGCCUCAACAGUGCCGAACGAUAUGACCCACUGACGGGAACAUGGACAUCCAUCGCUGCCAUGAGCACUCGGAGGCGAUAUGUGCGUGUGGCCACACUCGAUGGGAACCUGUAUGCUGUGGGUGGUUACGACAGCUCAUCACACCUGGCCACCGUGGAGAAGUACGAGCCCCAGGUGAACUCAUGGACACCUGUGGCCUCCAUGCUGAGCCGGCGCAGCUCAGCGGGUGUGGCAGUACUGGAGGGCGCCCUUUAUGUGGCUGGGGGCAACGAUGGCACAAGCUGCCUCAACUCAGUGGAGAGAUACAGCCCCAAGGCUGGCGCCUGGGAGAGCGUGGCACCCAUGAACAUCCGCAGGAGCACACACGAUCUGGUGUCCAUGGAUGGAUGGCUGUAUGCUGUGGGGGGCAAUGAUGGCAGUUCAAGCCUCAACUCCAUCGAGAAGUACAACCCAAGGACCAACAAGUGGGUGGCUGCAUCCUGCAUGUUCACACGGCGCAGCAGCGUGGGUGUGGCAGUGCUGGAGCUGCUCAACUUCCCACCACCCUCCUCGCCCACGCUGUCGGUGUCAUCCACCAGUCUCUGACCCGCAGCAUGGACUACAUAGAGGCCCCAAAGCCUCCCACAUGCCUUAAGCCCCAUAGGGGGGCCUCAGCACCUCCCUUUCCUGGGCAGUGUGUUGGGGGCGGGUCAUGGCCCCCACCAGGGACUUCCUGCACCAUCUGUCCAUGUCUCUGCGUUCAUUCCUGUGUUCAUUUUCUUGUGUGCCGUUAUUUAUCUACGCACUUAUUUAUUGACGCAUUACUUACUGACGGAUGAGCAGUACUGCAGCUACCAGUUAUGCAUUUACUCUCAAGCGUCGCCUCUUCUGUGUGCAGGGGACCAAAUGGCCCUCCAGAGUGUCCUUCCACAUGGCUCCCUGCCUGGGGACAGCGGGGAGUGAUGGGGUAAGACACUCACUGCAGGGAGUGUUAGCGGCCCAGUUGGGCUCCAUGGACAUGAGGCAGAUGCAGAGCAGCAGCCAGGUUAACUGAAAAGGAGCAGGGAGGGGGGCUUUCUAAGAAGAUGCAGACCCCCAGCCAAUGCUUCGCACACUGCACUUACCUGGCCCCGCCAGGCACUGACCCCAGGAAGGCAAAAAGCAGACUUAUUUCCUGUCUGCAGUGCGGUGUCUUUUCUGGGUCUUACAUGGAACUGGGCACACACCAUGCACUCAGACCCUACACAGCAAUAUGAGCCAACUUGAACAAUAAACAUGUUUCUUGGGCCCCGUGGGCCUGAG